GUUAAGAAAUUUUUUAAAUGGACUUAGUAACGGAGAGAUUGCAAAUUUGAUUCACUUUAUGAGUACAAUGAAUUCAAUGGUUAUGGAUUUUUGGUAUAAUGAUCACAAUGAUCCGUUUGAAAGAGAAAGAUAGAAUAGAUGCUAUUCUCAAAUGCCAAUUCAAUCAGGAUAUAUUGAAAAAAUUAUCAAAGGUUUCGCUUCUAAGCAACUGUCAUUGAUUGAAGAGAUGUCACAAAGCAUAAUUGCUGAAUAUAAGAACGAAAUGGAAAAUAGUUGGCUAAACGAUGAAAUGAAGGGUAUUUUCUUGACUCGACUUAAUAAUUUAGAAUUAAAAAUUAUUAACAUAAGAUAUGAGCAAGCAUUAACGUACGAAGUAUCUGAUAAUUUUGUUGUUGGCAUGAUUGGUUUGGUAAAUUUGGUAAGUUUCGCAAGAACCAAUAUCCGAUUUAAAGUUGCAAAGUAUAGAAGACGUUUGAUGUUAAAAGAAAGAUAUAUUGGACCUGCAAAAAGAAAAAGUGGACAGCAUUUAGUUCCUUUCAUUAAUUAUAAUGUUGCUGAUAAUCGUCUAGAAGUUCCACUAGCUGAAUUAUUAACCUUACCAUUAUUUAAUCCUCAAUUGCCAAUGUCUUGGAAUUAUGCAUAUUUUGGAGUUGCUAUCAGCAGAGAAUUAUCUAAGUUACACUUGAAAGUUUAUUCACAUUUUGGUAGAUACAGUGAGCCGCUAUUCACCAAAAAAAAUUGCUUUAAAAGAUUAAGAAAUCAUUCAAUGUUCAAUUUUGAUGAUCUAAUUGAUACUUGUAUUGGAUUAAAAAUAGCUUACAAGGCAUUUAAACGAGAAUUGCAUGCAAAUCCAAAUGGAAAUCAUAGUAUUCAUAGAUUGAGCUAUGCCACUCCAAAACAACAAUUUUUUAUCGCUUAUUCAGCUAUUUAUUGUGAAGAGACGAAACCUUAUGAAAUUCAAGUAAGCGUUGCAAAUUCAGGAAGUUUUGCCAGGGCAUUUAAUUGUGAAAUUAAUAGUCCAAUGAAUCCAAUGGAAAAAUGUGAUUUUUGGGACAAAAUGUAAUAAGGAAACUAGAUGCGAAAAGUCAAGUUUCGAAAAUAUUUGUCUACAAUACUAAUUUCGCAUUAUCUUAAAUGUUUUUCUAAUCUGCUAGUAACCGUUAAAUUUUAUAUAUAUAUUUAAAAGAAUUGAAUAAUUAAUUAAAUACCUUAGAAUGUCCGCUUUAAUAUAUAUUAUUUACGAAUUUUUCUACUCUAAAUAUAAUCUCUCUUGAAAGCUGUAACACAUACUACAUACAAUUAUACAGAAAAGUAUUGUUUUAAAAAUUAUAUAGGUAGAGUGAGAAAAUUAUUUUUCUGAAGAAACUACAGCCCGUACAACCCAGCAGGUCAAUAAAGUGGUCAUUAUUACCCUAGGGUAAUAAUUGCUACUUUAUUGACCUGUGAGCGGUUUAAAAAUAUGAUGAAGUCUUUCAUAAAUUUUGGGGGUUCGUUUAAAAAAAGACUAUAAAUUGAUCCAAUGACAUUAUUGAUUCAAGGACUGAAAAUUAAUUAUUAAAAAAAAAUGAUUUAAACAGAAUAAUAAUUAAUAUUUUUGUGAGUUGUAAAAUGAUAAAUUUUACUGUUUUGUUUGGGAUUUAUGAUGGUAUAAGGGAAUGAUUACAUUUAUCUGCGUCAAGUGCGUAGGAUUAUUAUGAUGGUGGUGGUUUAAAAAUUUAUAUUGUAUGCAAAAAGUGAUGAAAAAAAUAAUGUUAAUCUAUAAAACUUAUUAAAAUGAAUAAAUUCUUAUUCAAAAACCAAGUAUAAGUUUAUCACCUCUUUUUCAAUUAUAUAUAAGAAGAAGAAGGAAAAAAAAAUUG